CUCGCGCGCUCGUGCCGGGCCGUCGCACGCGCGCGGCCCCGCGUCGUCGCCCGACGCCGGCGCCGACGAGGUCAUCUUCGUGCCGACCGAGGGCUACCUGGCCGCACGCGAGGCGCGCCUGGCGCAGCUCAAGUCCGACGCUGCGCAGCGCACGUUCGAGGAGCGCGAGCUCGCCGUCGUGUAUGCCGUGCUGCCCGACGUCGAGCCGGCGGCGGCGCUGAAGCAGCUGCGCAGCGUGUGCGCCACGAUGAGCGAGGCGCACAGCAGCGACGCCGGCGUCGCGGGCGAGCGCGUGCUGCUGCAGCUGCUUGACCUGCCCGGCGGCUAUCCGAAGAAGGCGGCCGAGGUCCGUGCCCCUGAGCCGGAGAGCGACGAUGAGGAUUCGGCAGACGAGCAGGCGGCGUCCGGCAAGAAGCGCCGCUCCGGCAACGGCAAGGCCCGCCAAGGCCGCCGCUCGCGCCGCAAGGUCAGCUCGGCAGCCGGCAUCGAGUGCCCCGUAUGCUGCGACGACUCCUUUCCGCUCGAUGCGCUGGCGCAGUGCCCCGACGGCCACGUCUUCUGCAAGGCCUGCUGCCGCCGCAUGGCCGAGGAGCAGAUCGGCAUGCGCAAGCACGAGCUGCGCUGCAUGGACGAGGACGGCUGCGAGCUCGAGUUUGCGACCAGCGUCGUGCGCGCGUUCCUGCCGCGCAAGACGUUCAAGCUGUGGGAGAAGAUCAAGGCCGAGCGCUGCAUUGCCGACGCCGGCAUCGACGGCCUCGAGAGCUGCCCCUUUUGCUCGUACGCGUGCGUCAUGGACGCGCGCCCAGACGAGAAGCUCUUCACCUGCCAGAACAAGGCGUGCCUGCGCGUCUCGUGCCGCGGCUGCAAAGAGGAGGGCCAUGUGCCGCUUUCGUGCGAAGAGUACAAGGAGUCGCGCAGCGCCGAUGGCCGCCAUCGUGCGGAAGAGCUGCUGUCGAAUGCACUCAUGCGCCGCUGCCCGCGCAAGGGAUGCGAGCAGCCGAUCGUCAAAGAUGAUACUGCGGCGAACUGCAACAAGAUGACGUGUCCCUCGUGCCGCAUGCUGUUCUGCUACGUCUGCAAGGCCGAUGUCUCGCAGGAAGGCUAUGCGCACUUCGAUCAGGAUCCUAGCAACUACGCCGCUGGCCGCAACGCACAGAAGUGCCCUCUUUGGUGCGCGAAUGCACCUACCAGCGCGCGUCUUCUGUUGCUAACCGGCCUUGCUGAACCUUUAGGGAAGACACGGCCGCGCGACACAAGCGCGAAGUCGCCGCUGUGCGCGAGGCUCUCGGCGACCAGGCGCCCGAGGACGUGGAACCCGAGCCUCUUCCGGCGCCUCCGCCUGUCACUCUCACCGAGCAGGUGCAGCGCGCGCUCGCGGCGUUCGGCUUCGGCCACGUGCCGCACGAGCACGAGCAGCUGCGAAUGAUGGCACAGGUUGCCCCUGUGCUGGACCAGCGCUAUCUCGCAGCUGUCCGCCCCCUCGCCGAUGUUCAAGCUCGCGACGUCCUCGCACAGCACUACCAAGCGCUCCGCAUGUUCGGCCACAUGGCGCGCGCGCGUCUCGCCGCCGAAGCUGCUGCUCUUGCCGCUGCGCCGCUCCAC